AUGUCCAUCAUCUUCUCCGAUGAGACCUCACCUCAUUGGCCUCUUUCCAAAUCUCCCAACAACAACAACAAUGAUCCUCCUCCUACUCCUCUGGAAUCUGCACCAGCCCAUACAGAAAUUGAUUUGAUGAAGGAAAGGUUUUCAAAGCUACUGUUAGGGGAGGAUAUGUCUGGAAGUGGCAAAGGUGUCUGCACGGCAGUAACAAUCUCCAACGCCAUCACCAAUCUCUAUGCUUCAAUAUUUGGGCAACACCAGAGGCUAGAGCCAUUACAUCCAGAGAAAGCGGCCAUGUGGAAAAGAGAGAUGAACUGUUUGCUAUCUGUCUGCAAUUACAUCACUGAAUCUAUCCCUCUUCAUCACAAUUUACUCGACGGAGCUGUUAUUCAGGUCAUGGCAAACACAGCAAGAAGAGAUAUUCACGUCAAUCUCCCCGCUCUCAGAAAACUUGACAAUAUGCUUUUAGUAGACGUGUUGGAGAGCUUUAAGGAGACGGAAUUCUGGUACGUGAAGCAAGGAGGAGGCGGGAGAUCUAGUAAUAGCCGCUCCUCCUUCAGAAGGAAAUCUACGUCGACUCCAGAUCCUCCGCUUCCUCCUCCCACUACGCCUUUGAGGAAACUAGACGAGAGGUGGUGGCUGCCGGUGCCUUGCGUUCCUUCUUCCGGCCUCUCCGAUGACGCGAGAAGGCACCUGAAACACAAGCGCGAUAGCGCCACACAAAUUCACAAAGCUGCUAUGACCAUCAACAACGCUGUCCUCGCAGAGAUCCAGAUUCCAGACGUCUACAUUUCUUCCCUUCCCAAGAGUGGGAAAGCAAGCGUGGGAGAAACAAUGUACAGGUACAUGACAACUGCAGAGAAGUUCUCGGCGGAACAGCUACUAGACAGUCUCAACAUAAGCUCCGAGUAUGAAGCCCUUGAUCUGGCAGAUAGAGUCGAGGCCUCGAUGCACACGUGGAGGCGUAAAGCCGAGACUAACCAUUCAAAAUCAUCCUGGGAUUUAAUGGCAUUUGUUUCUUCUUCUUCGGAUGCAGACAGAGGUGACAUUAAGAACCAGGUUUUGAGAGAUAGAGCUCAAACAUUGUUGUUUUGUUUAAAGCAGAGGUUCCCUGAGCUCUCUCAGACAAGCUUGGACACAUUCAAGAUUCAAUAUAACAGGGUAUUAUAUAAUUCCAUUCAUUCAUUCAUUCCAUACUUUCUACAUAUAGUUAGCUUGAGUUGAUCCAUUUGAAUGGAACUUGCAGGAUGUAGGGCAAGCAAUCCUAGAAAGCUACUCAAGGGUCUUAGAAGGAUUGGCUUACAACAUAGUUUCCUGGAUUGACGAUUUGCUAUUUGUCGAUGAAACCGUAAGGAGUAGUAAUGAAUGACACAACUCCCAGAACUUGAUCAUCGUCAAAUGCCAUAGUUGUUCCUUAGAAAUCAUUUGUUUUGUCAAGAAAAUAGGGAAAUAACUAUUCAAUUGCUAAAUCCUAUACUUGUUCAAAUUCAUUUCAUUUCAAGACACCAAAUUGUGGAAGCC